AUGUCCGAUACAUCCAUGUCUGAGGUACAACCUCGUACUGCCGCUUUUCCGUUCCCUGAACGUGAUGAUGAGACUUCGCCAUUGGCGCCGCGCUCAACACCCGGUUCGGAUGAUACCAUCAUUACGACCCCGCUCGAUGAGCAGCAAGAGUUACUUUUUCAACAAGGAGAAUGCACUCGGCGCCAUGCGCAAAUGCUCGCAACCCUCGAGCACCAACGUGACUAUGGGUUCACUUCACCCAGUGUGGAGGAACGCUUGUGUCAAGCUGCCGGCCAAUCGUUGGCAAUGUGGAUCAUUGGCCAUAGGCCUAAGUCUCCUGAGGAGGUGGCGAGCGGUCAGGCACUUCGCGAGAGGUACCUGGAGCCUCACCUAACGACCCAAGGUCAAUACAAGGCACGCCUUGACAUGCAAGCACGUGGCGCACCGGUCCCACCGAUCAAGGGUAUACCCAUUCUCUUGUCUGCAGGCGAAACAGAGAGAGAAUAA